AUGGUUUUUUUAGCGUAUUUAUUACUUAUUGGGUUAGUUCUAGGGUUAGCUGCUGUGGCCUCUAAUCCUUCACCAUACUAUGCUGCUUUAGGUUUGGUUGUGGUAGCAGGCAUAGGUUGUGGUGUUUUAGUGGGCCAUGGGGGGACUUUUUUAUCAUUAAUUUUAUUUUUGAUCUAUUUAGGGGGAAUAUUAGUUGUUUUUGCUUACUCAGCAGCUCUAGCCUCCGAGCCUUAUCCGGAAAGUUGAGGAAGCUGGCCAGUCUUACUUCUUAUGGCAGGGUACAGUUCACUGGUUGGGUUCUUUUCAACGUUUGUAUCUGACGGGUGAUUUGAGGGGUCGUGAAUUGUGGUGGAUGAGUUUAGUGAAUUAACUCUAUUUCGGGGGGAUGUGGGUGGAGUAGCACUUAUAUAUUCUUUAGGAGGAGGGAUCUUGAUUCUAGGUGGCUGGGUUUUGUUGUUAACACUUUUUGUGGUUCUUGAAUUAACGCGGGGGUUAAGUCGAGGGACACUCCGGGUUGUUAGG